AUGGCCUCGGACAUCAGGCGGAAGCCAAUUCCUGCUCCAAUCCCUUACGAUGAUUUCGGCGUUACCCGUGGUGUGACGUCCGUCCCCACUCCACCCCCUGAAUAUCACCUCCAUGCGCCAACAGCUUCAGCGAGACCUCUCCCUCGAUAUCCAAGCCAGCCUCAGUUGCGCACUCCUUCUCCUUCGAGGAAUCUGCCUCCGUCGUUGAUCCCCGCCGGAUCGAACCAUUCCCUGCCGCGAUAUUCCAGCAACUCCGACCUUCGUCCCCCAACUGCACACAAUCUUCAACCCCCGUUAACGCCUGCCUACAGCCCACAACUGCCACCGAGAUAUCCCAGCAUCCCCGACCUUCGAGCCCCAAACCUCUCCGAAAGUUCCUAUCGUCCAUCGACUUCAAGUGGCCCCUCUAAUAUACAUCCUCAAUAUCCAACCCAACCUGUCCUCCGCUCCUCCAAGUCCUCAAACAACCUCCGUCCGCCAUUAACCUCCACCGUCUCCGCGCAAACGCUACCACGAUACCCCAACCUUCUCGAUCCUCUCACACCUAAUUCCUCCGAUUCAUCCAUCCAUCGUGCUGCCACCGAUGUCCUCCCAUCAAGCACACCACCCCGUCCGGCCACAUCCGCGACAUCCGAGCCUUCCGCCGUCCAAAAGGCCUACGGCGAAGCGCGCCAUUUCCUCGGCGGCCUCAUCGCCCACCCCACCGAAUCAAACAAACACUACACCAUCCUCCGUCACUCCCACGGCAUCGUCUUCUACCGCGGCAGCACCACCUCUGUCACGCUCUCCAUAUUCUCCGACGCCCCCCUCCCCCCGGACCGAACCCUCUGGCUCCAAAGCAAAGGCUGGACCGGCAAGACCGGCAUGCGCACCAAGGCCCUCCUCCGUCUCAACGACGACUGGAUCAACGUGACCCCUUCCCUCGCCCUCCACGCCGACCAGGUACCCCCGUCCGAUGAACGCGCCUGGCAGCGCGACAUCGACAAGUUCCGUCGCAAGAACACAUCCCAUAAACUGCGUUCCCAUGUCCUCCGCGAGACCGUCGUCGCCCGUAUCCCCGCCGACGCGGGCGACGGAUACUUCCAGCUUGUGCUCUGCGGACCCAAGAAGAAGGUCCUCUGCGGGAGUCCCAUCUUCCGUGUCCUUUCGACCUCGCUCAGCCCAAGCUCCGUCCGCGGUGCCAGUCUAAGCACCCUACCUCUCGAAAUGGGCGCCAUGGUCCUCGGUCUCUACGCCCAGGCCACGGCCAACAGAGUCAUCGGGCCCGCUGCCGCAGUCGUCCAGUCGAAAGUCGACACCUACUCCCCCAGCCCGAUCAAAAAAUACGCCGCCGAAAAGGCUAUCACCGUCAGCGGCGUCGGGAACCAAGUCGCGGGCAUGAUCAAGGGGGCACCCGAAACCGCGAACCAGGCACAACUGCAGGGACAGGGACAGUUCCAGCCCGCCGAGUCGUUAGAUCUAGGUCCCCAGGCCCCGUUUCCCAUGGACUUCAAAGCCCGAGGCUUUCCGUCAUCGUCUCCAGAAACAACCGACGACCUCCGAUACUCCCUCUCCAAAGUCCCUGAUUCCAUCACCGAUCACCUCCAUGGUAUCUUCUUCGGCUGGGCCCGAUUCCUCGAUUCCAAGACCUCCCAACAAUGGUUCCAAGCCAUCAUCUCAAUCCAAUCCCUCGACCCAACCCUCCAAACCCGCGUCAACAUGUCCCAGACCCUCCGCAAAACCGUAUCCCUUCGUCUCUUCGACGCCGAAUACGAAUACCCAUCGUCGCCGCCACUACAACCAUACCUUUCCCACGCCCAAACCGUACCCCAAACGCCAACACAAGCACCAAUCCAGCGACCAACACCACAACCGAAAUUCCAAAUCCGCAUCCUCGGCUUCCUCCGACCGAACCUUCCUCCUCCCACCGCCAGCACCGAAAAAGAUCUCCUCUUAGCACGCGAACAAGCCACCGAAACGGCCCUCCUGGCUGAAGCAUGCGACGCGACCUACGCACAAAGCGCGCUGGAUCAUCCCGCUUGGGGACCGGAUGCCAUACCUAACCUUGGCCCUGAUCCUGGAGUUGGACCUAGAGCUGGAGGUGGCCCUGGUGCUGGACCUGAAGGGUAUAAUAAUGGGAAAUUGGUAGAGAGGGCUCGAGAGGGGGUUCAGGGCGCUGUGGCGAAGGGUCAGAGGAUGGUUGAGAAUGUGCCGUUGCAUUGGAUCGGCGUGAGGUCGACGGCGGCGGAGAUUAGGGAUCGGGGAGUUGGUGCUAGUGGGUUCUUUAUCGUGAGGUAG